UCUGAAAUGCAAUUACCACAACGCAAUAUGAAGUCUUCUGCUCAAAUUGUUCUUUUGACAUCGCUGGCAACGUGCUGGGCCAGCAAACUGUACAGCGUGGAAAUUAUACUAUUCGAAGCCUUGGAAGUGGAGGGCGAACCCAUUAUUGAUUUCACUGACAUUCGUUUAAUGGGUCGCGAGCGUGCGCUCAAUGGAACUGUUCGCAUCAACGAGGACAUGGAUGCGGCCAACUUUCAGAUGUCGGUGGACUUUCAAACUGAUCCGCUGCGCAAUGGCGAGUGGCGAAACAUGAUCUUCUCGGUGCCGCAGAUGAACAUUUGUCGCGCCAUGCGUUUGUAUAUUGGCACUUAUGGCAAAUCGACGCUGCAACGCAGUCAACACACGAAUCUGCCCUUCGAUGGCAAGCAUUGUCCUUUGCCUAAGGGCACAUAUUACAUUAAGGAUUUGCUAAUGAACAGUGAUACUUGGCCGGAAAUAAUGCCCAUCGGAUAUUUGAAUGGGAAUUUUCGCUUCUUAAAACGUGGCAAACUAAUUGGGAGGUGUUAA